CCGGGCACCCCUGGAACGCUCUCGGCGGGGCGCAGCCGAUGGAAGGCAUCCCGAGGCUGGAAAGAGCCGGCGAGCAGCGACGACAGCGCCCGAGAGCCUCGAACACUUCGAACUUCGAGGGGCCUCUGUGUAUGCCUGUCUGCCCUCCUCGUAUAAGAGAAAAGGUGACAGGUCCAGCGCAAAUCUGAGGAAUCCUCGCGGACCUCCGAGGUUUUAUGUUGAUGCCACUUUGUGUUCCCCUAUCGAAAGGAGCUCACUACAGCAUCGAUUUACCGCAGACUUGAAUUCUUUCGUCGAAAUCUACGGAAAGUCCGUAGAGUGUUCCUAUGUCUACGAGCACUCGGCGCAAUUUUGAUAGAUUCGACGGACAGCUCAACCUUGGGGUAAAGCAAAACCGUGUGGUCGACCUCGUACUCGAAGCCUGUCUUCCUCGAAAAGGAGCCCCCAUGCCCUCCCCGCGGCGCGCGCCCCUCGCCGUGGCCGCCGCCCUCUGCGGCGCGCGCGCGGCCGCCGCGCUGGGCGUGCGCGACCUGCCGGGCACCGAGGCCGGCGGGGCCGCGGCGGGUGGCGCGGGGGCCCGCGCGGCCGACGGGGGCCCCUGCGACGGGUGCGAGUUCACGAUCGACCUCAGGUGCGAGGGCAUCCGCUCUUCCCGGUCGGCCCCGUUCCACCGGAUCACGGACUGUCUGCUCCCGCUCUACGGCCUCAUCGACCUCGCCCGCAAUGCCAGCGUGCACGACGGAAGAAAGAGAGUUUGCGCCGUCACAUGGCUGGACGCCUGGGAGGGGCUCAACCUGAACCCUUUCCUGGUGGAUCUCACUGGCGUUCAGUGGCACAGCAUUAUCAACGAGCGUGAGGCCUGCGGGAAGAGGUUGCCUUAUCACGCGAUCAACCGGACGUAUCAAUCGAUGGCCACCCAUGACUACUUGAACACAUUCGGGAGCGACCCCCUGAUGGUGAAGUCCUAUCACAUCAAUUACGGGGGGAACCUGAGAGUGCUGCAGGCCGACGUCAGCAGGGUGGUGAACCAUGACGAGCAGCUGCCGAGCAUCGUGGUGCUGCAGCGGAACACCGGCACCCGCAGGUUCCGCCCCGUUGCCCUGUUAGAGAUCAUCGACAGGCUCGGCCCCGUCGGCCUGCCGGUGGAACAGUACACUGGGAGGGAGAAGGCCAUGGACACCAUCAGGCUGUUCAGCUCGGCGAAGGGCGUGCUCGGUUACCACGGCGCUGCGUGGGCGAACCUGUACUUCUCGAGCGAGACCACCUGCAACGUGCAGGUGUCCACGUUCUACGACCUGGAGAGCACGAAGCCGUGGCGCACCGCCAUGGAAUCUGGCAUCCGGAAUCCGAGAGCGCUGUGGUUCUUUUACCUGCUGCCCCUCAACAUGCUUCUGGAUGCGAACCACGUUCACCACGAUGCGUAUCUCGCUCGUCAGGAAAAGGACCACUUCAUCAAGGACCUGGACUGGGUCCCCCUCCGCGACGUCGACAUCGCGGAGAUCACCGACAACAUGGUGCAGUGCCUUCUCGACCCCGCCGCAUACGAGAAGGGGCACGAGGACCACGCCUCCAAGCAGUGGACACACGGCUGGGAGCCCGCACAGGCCGCAUCGAGAGAGCCGAUGAGCGGCAGGCUGACCUCCACCGGCAGGGACCCGUGCUCGGGCUGCGACGUGACCGUGGACCUGCGCUGCGAGGGCUACAAGAAGAGCCGCGGCACCUACUACGGCAGCGUGGCCAACUGUCUCCUGCCCGCGUACGAGAUGCUGCAGGUCGCGCGCGAGGCGGCCAGCAACAGCAGCGCACAGGUGUGCGCCAUGACCUGGCGGGAGGGCCAGACCCUGCGGCCGUUCCUGGAGUCCGUGUCCGGCAUCAGGUGGCACAAGAUCCUGGACGAGAGCGAUGCCUGCACGGGCGGCCUGAAGUACCAUGCCAUCCAGCCGCCUGCAGAGCAGGCGGACCUUUUGAGACAGGCAUCCGCGGAGGGCAGCAGAAUGUUGCAUAGGUACCCUGUCGACCUGAAGCAGAACCUUGUCUGGCUACAUAAGGACACUGUGAAUCUGGCUGGGAAGCCAUCGCCGCACAUCAUCAUCCUCCAGAACCAGCGUCUUCGCGUUUUCCCUCAGCGAACAAUGGACGUCUUUCAAGAGAAGCUGGCGCAGUUCAUGCAACAGCGUAUCAGCGUUUACUCUGGGGAGGGCACUGUAACGGAUGCCGUGAAGCUCUUCACCAACGCCGGCAGCGUCAUCGGCUUUUGGGGCGACUUGUGGGUCAACACUCUCUUCACGUACACGCCCCACUGCACCAUAGAGAUUUCCACUUACGAGGAUCUCGAUAAGCAGAAGCCGUGGAGAACGAGCGCCGAGAUCAAGAAGCUGAACCCCGCCGGUGACUGGUACUUUCUCCACGUGAGCCCACGCCCGCUGCUGCAGGGGAACGGCAUUUCCGAGAAGACGUUCAGCUCAACCUCGAACAAGGACGUCCUUCUCCAGAACAUGAAGCUGGCAUCCAUUCCAGACCAGGAUGACGCCGUGGACGUGGCCUCGCGUGUCUUCCUCUGCUGGCAGAACAAGGAGCGGGCCUACAGCUUCACCACCGAGAGCUGGAGCUGGCACGGGCACGCCUGACGAUCCCGGGGCCCGGAGCUCCUCCUCCCAGGGGCCUUCAGGGCGCCCCGCUUGGUCGGGGCGCCCCCUCUUCUCGAUGGUCCUCGUGACGUGUGUUAAGUGAGGCGGGGAUGAAUCCAUAGCCACCGCCAGGCAGUGGAUCUGGCGCCCAGACGCCAGAUCCAGGGUUCCGUCGUCCGUGUCGGCGCGCGCCCGACCAG